AUGUGGCGGUUCCAGGAACUGGGGCAGCUGCUGGUGCAGGGACCCUGCUAUGAUGAGCUCGUCGCUCCUCUCUACUCCUCGUCCAUCGGUGCCUCCUCCAGAUACAACAUCUUCUACUCGUCCAGCUUUGCUCGGCUGCACAGCACCAGUGGCUGGUCCCCCGACCCCCGGGACAAGCAGCCCUGGCUCCAGAUCGACCUGAUGCAAAAGCACCGGAUCAACGCGGUGGCCACACAGGGAACCUUCAACACCUACGACUGGCUGACACGCUACAUCGUGCUCUACGGAGACCACCCCACCAGCUGGAAACCCUUCUUCCAGCAGGGCAGCAACUGGACGUUCUUUGGGAAUGUGAACGAGAGCGGGGUGGUGCGGCAUGACCUGCACUACCCCAUCCUUGCACGCUAUGUCCGCAUCAUCCCGGUGGCCUGGAACCCGCGCGGGAAGAUCGGGUUGCGCCUGGGCCUCUACGGCUGCCUACCUGCCCCUACCGUGAGGUCCCACGUGCUCUACUUCGACGGGGAUGACGCCAUCUCCUACCGCUUCCGGGCCAGGAAGAUCAGCACCCUCGAGGAUGACAUCUCCUUCAACUUCAAGACGCUGGAGCAGGAUGGGGUGCUGAUGCACGGGGAGGGCUCACAGGGUGACUACAUCACGGUGGAGCUCAAGCAGGCCCAGCUGCUCCUGCACAUCAGCUUAGGUGAGCUGGGGCUGGGGGGCUGGGGGGCACACACGACGGCGGUGGUGGGCAGCCUCCUGGAUGACCAGCACUGGCACUCGCUGCACAUUGAGCGCUAUGGCCACCACGUCAACCUGACGCUGGACGGGGAGGUCAAGCGCUUCCGCUGCCACGGCACCUUCAACCAGCUUGACCUCGACACCGAGCUCUUCUUCGGGGGGGUGAUCGACCAGGACAAGCAGCACCUCACCUACCGGCAAAACUUCCGGGGCUGCGUGGAGAACAUCAUCUUCAACGGGGUCAACAUUGCCGACCUGGCCCGGCACCGGAGACCCAACAUCCGCUUCGAGGGCAGCGUGGGCCACUACUGCCAGGACCAGCUGAACACCCCCAUCACCUUUGCCGGCAUCAACAACUACGUGCGGGUGCCGGGGAUCCCGCGGAGGAACCGCCUGGCCGUCAGCUUCCGCUUCCGCUCCUGGGACACCGCUGGGCUCCUGCUCUACACCAGCUUUGCUGACCGCCUGGGCUCCCUCGAGGUGGUGUUGAGCGAGGGGCAGGUCAACGUCUCCAUCGCCCAGCCCGGCAAGAAGAAGCUGGAGUUUGCCGCAGGGCAUCGCCUGAACGACGGCUUCUGGCACUCGGUGCAGCUGGUGGCACGGGAUGGCUCUGCCGUGGUGACCAUCGAUGAUGACGACGGCGCCGAGUUUCGGGUGGCACACCCCUUCCAGCUCCGCACCGGCAGCCAAUACUUCUUCGGAGGCUGCCCCAAGCCAGCCUCGGUCACCGGCUGCUGGUCAAACCAGACGGCCUUCCAUGGCUCGCUGCAGAUGCUGAACGUGGACAUGCAGCCCAUGGACGUGGAGCUGCUGGUGCAGCACCGUCUGGGGCAGUACUUCAAUGUGCUCUUCAACGUCUGUGGCAUCACAGACAGGUGCACCCCCAACUUGUGUGAGCAUGACGGCCGCUGCGUCCAGUCCUGGGAUGACUUCAUGUGCAUCUGCGACCUGACGGGGUACAAGGGGGAGACCUGCCACAAAUCCCUUUACAAGGAGUCGUGUGAUGCUUACCGGGUCAGCGGGAAAACCUCGGGGAACUACACCAUCGACCCAGACGGCAGUGGGCCACUCAAGCCCUUCACGGUGUACUGCGACAUCCGAGAGGACCGGGCAUGGACCAUCAUCCGGCACAACCGCCACUAUGCCACGCGGGUGACAGGCUCCAGCGUGGACCAGCCCUACCUGGGGGCCGUGGAGUACUGGAAUGCCUCCUGGGCCGAGGUCUCGGCACUGGCAAAUGCCUCCGAGUACUGCGAGCAGCGCAUCGAGCUCCACUGCUACAGCUCCCGCCUGCUCAACACUCCCUCUGGGCUGCCCUUCAGCUUCUGGAUGGGCCGACACGAUGAGCGGCACUACUACUGGGGGGGCUCACGGCCGGGCAUCCAGCGCUGCGCCUGCGGGUUGGACAAGAACUGCGCUGACCCCAAGUACUUCUGCAACUGUGACGCCGACCACGCGCUGUGGAGGACAGACAAGGGUCUACUGACCUUCGUGGACCACCUGCCCGUCACCCAGGUUGUGGUCGGAGACACCAACCGCUCCGGCUCCGAAGCCCAGUUCCUGCUGGGCCCCCUGCGGUGCUACGGAGACCGCAACACCUGGAACACCGUCUCCUUCAACAGGGGCGCAGCCCUGCUCUUCCCCACCUUCCAGGCCAACCACAGCCUCGACAUCUCCUUCUACUUCAAGACCACCGCCCUGUCCGGCGUCUUCCUGGAGAACCCUGGCUCCCGAAACUACAUCCGUGUCGAGCUCAACACCACCAGGGAUGUGGUGUUUGCCUACGACAUUGGGAAUGGGGACGAAAACCUUACGGUGCGGUCAGCAGUGCCCUGGAACGACGACGAGUGGCACCAGGUGAAGGCUGAGCUCAAUGUCAAGCUGGCACGGCUGCGGGUGGACAAGCUGCCCUGGGUGGUGCGGCCGGCUCCCCCGCAGAGCUUCGUUCGCCUGGACUUUGACAGGCCCCUCUAUGUCGGCACGGCAGAGCAUAAGAUGCGCCCGUUCCUUGGGUGCCUGCGGGCACUGCGGAUGAACGGGGUGACGCUCAACCUGGAGGGCAAGGCCAACGAGACAGAGGGGGUGCGGGUGAACUGCACUGGCCACUGCCAGGAUCCGCCGGUGCCCUGCCAGAACAGCGGGCUCUGCGUCGAGCGCUACAGCCACUACAGCUGCAACUGCAGCGUCUCCGCCUUGGCGGGGCCCUGCUGCACCCAUGACAUUGGCGGGUACUUCGAGGAGGGCACCUGGGUGCGGUACAACAUCCUGCCGAUGUCUCUGUAUGCCGCCCGCGAGUUCGCCAGCAUCAUCAGCAGCCCCUGGCAGCCCUUGCCUGGCUACAACCUCACCAGCGAGGAGGUCAGCUUCAGCUUCAGCACCACCUCGGCGCCCGCCGUGCUGCUCUACGUCAGCUCCUUCGUCAAGGACUACAUGGCUGUGCUCAUCAAGGAUGAUGGGAGCCUGCAGCUUCGCUACCAGCUGGGCACCAGCCCCUACAUCUUCGCCCUCACCACCAAGUCGGUGACAGAUGGGAGGCCCCACCACGUCAACAUCACCCGCCUGCACCGCACGCUGUACACCCAGGUGGACUAUCUUCCCGUCAUGGAGCAGCAGUUCUCCCUGUUCGUGGACAGCAAGCUGGACUCACCCAAAAACCUGUACCUGGGGCGCGUGAUGGAGACCGGCGUGAUUGACCCUGAGAUCCAGCGCUACAACACGCCCGGCUUCUCAGGCUGCCUCUCGGGGGUGAAGUUCAACAGCCUCGUCCCCCUCAAAGCCAUCUUCCGCCCCACCAGCGUCGUGCGGCCCUACAGCAUCCGGGGGGAGCUGGUAGAGUCGAGCUGCGCCUCCAUGCUUCCCCUCACCACCAUCCUCAUCCCCCCUGAGAUGGACCCCUGGUACAUGGGCACAGAGUUCCCCCACGUGCACGACGAUGGCUGGAUCGGGAUCAUCAUCGGGUUCGUGACCUUCCUGCUCCUGCUGCUCGGGGGGCUGCUGGUGCUGCUGUACUUCUACUACCACCGCUACAAGGGGUCCUACCACACCAACGAGCCCAAGGCCAUCCAGGACUAUGGCAGCGCCACCAAACCGCUGUCGGUGCGCAAGGACCAGAACCUGCCCCAGAUCCUGGAGGAGGCAAAAGGGGACUAG